AUGGCCUACUUGGCGACAUCUAGUUAUCUAGCCUUGUCGCUAGUUGCCCUGAAUAGUAUACCUGCUAUUCGGAGUAUCGCCCACCGCAUUUCACGAGCGCGAGAUUAUGAACCCAUUCAAUUAGCCAAAGAGGUUUACCGCGAUGAAGAUGGAGAAGCGACCGACGAAUCCCUUCGAGCUUUCUCUGAUAAAUGGCAAAGAAUCGCGAUCGCUCUUUUUUCUGUCGCCGGGUUUUCGGUGACUCUCGCAUUGGCCGUUCUUGCGACAUUGAAGCUUACAAUCACGAAUUCCACGCUAUUGGUCUGGCUGCAAUUCGGAGUAUGGACUCUGCUCGCUAUUCAAGCUGUUGCUUUCUUCACUGAACCCCGACCAACAAGCCGAUAUGUUCUCGGCCACUUCGCCUUCUGGGGGAGUAUCAUUGCCAUUGCAGUUCCAAGCAUUGAACUGGGCAUCUUGGUAUUCUCCCAACUCGGACUUCACCAUGGGCGAGUUUGGAUCGGACUGCAAUUGGGUCAAAUUGCUAGCGCUGCUCUUCGUGCCGUAUUCUGUGUUCUAAUCCCGCGUCGUCCAGAUGUCUACUAUGAAGAUAAACUGGUUGAACGGGAACUUUCAGUUUCACUACUCAGUCGUUUCACGUUUAGCUGGGCCAAUGGGUUGCUAAACUACGCAGUGAAGCACAAGACCAUGGACCUAGAGGAUAUUCCCAAGCUAACGGCAUCCAAACGUGCUAAUUAUCUCCGUGAGAAAUUCGAAAUUGCCAGAAAAAACCGGAAAUUGUGGCUGGCCAUUGUCUUCGCGCAUGUGGGCCCCCUGAUCGCCCAGACGAUACUUAGUCUGGCGAUUUGCUUUCUGAGCUUUGGACCCCAAGUCGCCCUGUUUCAAAUAUUGCAAACACUCGAACUGCGCGGGACUCCGGAUUGGAAUGUCGGAGCAUCCUAUAUCUGGGUCCUGGCCUUGGGUGGGCUGAUGUUCCUUGCCUCGACCGUGGAGGCAUGGCUGUUCUGGGUCGUCUACUCUAAACUUGGAGUUCCGAUCUUCGCAGAGCUGUCGGCAGUCAUCUUUGCUAAAGCUAUGCGUCGGAAGGAUGUGAAGUAUACAAAGAAGUCCAAAACGCCAGAUGGAUCCGAUAGCUCCAGCAAAGGAGCUGCUGAGGCUGACGACGACGAGGACGCAUUGAAGAAGAGCCGUCAGAGCAUUAUCAACCAUGUGGCUGUGGAUGCUCGACGUGUUUCCGACUUUGCCUCUUUCAACUACAUUAUCCCCCAGGCGAUCUUCCGAAUCAUCAUCGGUGCCACCUUCCUGGUCCAAAUUCUCGGCUGGCAAAGUGCCUUUGCCGGUCUCUCGGUGUCUCUUCUUGUGACACCUUUGAAUAUUUACGCUGCUAAGAAAUAUUCGAAUGCCCAGGACCGAUUGAUGAAGUUUCGUGACCAGAAGUUGGCAAUCGUUACCGAAGUGCUGCAGGGAAUUAGGCAGAUCAAAUUCUCGGCUUUGGAGGAGCAAUGGCAGAACCGCGUCCAGGAGGCUCGAGAAACCGAACUUGGCGCAUUGUGGGCUUCCUUCCUAGCCGAUAUUGGCCUGCUUGCGAUCUGGGUCCUCGGCCCCGUCGGUUUAUCCGCCGUUUCCUUGACUGCAUACGCUAUUCUUCAUGGUACUUUGUCGCCUUCUGUGGCUUUCACAGCUAUGGCAAUCUUCAGUUCUCUUGAAGCAUCGCUCGCUAUUAUACCAGAGCUCAUGUCAAUGGGUCUGGAGGCGAAGGUUAGUUCGGAUCGUAUUGACAAAUUUUUGGCUACCUCCGAAAAUGUUGUCAACACUGUCCCUGCUGAAUAUAUCGCUUUUGAGAACGCCUCUGUUGCUUGGCCUGCGGAGGAGGAAGAUAUCAAGGAUUCCGAGGAUCGUUUCAUUUUGCGUGACAUGACCUUGAAGUUCCCGACGAAGAGUCUGAGCGUGGUCUCGGGCAGAACUGGCUCUGGAAAAAGUCUUCUUCUCUCGUCGAUCCUGGGUGAAUGCGAUGUCCUCGCCGGUACCAUCAAGGUGCCCGUUCCACUUCCCGUUACAGACCGAUUUGACCACCUUGCGACGAAGGCAAAUUGGAUUAUCGACUCGGCAAUUGCCUAUGUUGCGCAGAUGCCAUGGAUUGAGAAUGCUACGAUCAAAGCGAACGUUCUCUUUGGACUCCCGGACGACGCAGAGCGCUACCAAAAGGUCAUCUCUGCUUGCGCUCUAGCAAAGGAUUUCGACAUGCUUCCAGACGGUGAUAUGACCGAUAUUGGUGCGAAUGGUGUCAAUCUGAGCGGUGGCCAACGUUGGCGUAUCUCCUUCGCCCGCGCAUUGUACUCCAGGGCUGGCAUACUUAUCAUGGAUGAUAUCUUCAGCGCCCUCGAUGCCCACACAGGUCGUCACGUCUUUGAGAACGCUCUUACCGGAGAACUCGGUCAGAACCGAACUCGCAUUCUGGUCACUCACCAUGUUGCACUGUGCCUUCCUCGCACGGACUACUCCGUGCUGUUGGAGAACGGUCGCAUCAAAUACGCAGGUACCAUUGAUGACCUAAGGGAAUCACAUCAUCUAGAGGAUAUCCUUCGCGAGGAACAAGCCGCUGAACAAGCGGAUCUUGCAGCAGCUGGAGAAGACGGUGAAUUCCUCAAUGAUGAGGAGACAACUCUCCAAAAGGUAAUCUCGAAUACAUCCCACCACAAACCGAGCACGGCUACAAAUGGCCAAGCUGCCAACGGAAAUGGAACCGCUGCUGCACAGACGCCUACACCGAAGAAAUUCGUUGAGGACGAGAAACGAGAAAUCGGUUCUGUGCAACUAGCAAUUUACAUUGCGUUCUUGAAUAAAGGUGGCUCCGUGCUCUUUUGGUUAGCGACGUUCGCAGUCUAUUUAUCGUUUUCGUCCCUCUUGGUUGGAAGGUCCUGGUGGAUCAAUAUUUGGACACGUUCAGCUUCCAAUACUCAGGCUCAUCCUCAGCAAUACAAUGUCCUAUUACAGCAUGCCAUGCGGCCAACUGCACCGGCCCCACAAGAUGACGACCUCUUUAUGUAUCUCGGAGUCUAUGUUGUUCUCUCGGUCAUUGCCUGUAUAAUGGGGACAAUCCGUUAUUACUGCAUUCUUUCGGCAUCAGUGCGGGCCUCGAGGAACCUGUUCAAUGCCUUGAUUUAUACUAUCCUCCGCGCACCACUCCGGUGGCUAGAUACUGUCCCCUUGGGGCGAAUUCUCAACCGCUUCACAGCCGACUUCCACGCGAUCGAUUCCCGAAUCGGAUACGACAUCGGGUUCUUCGUGGGUAAGAUCCUAGAAGUUAUGGCAAUCAUGGUUGCAGGCAUGCUUGUCAACUGGACGGUGAUCUUGCUUGGCUUGGUCCUGUUGAUUAUAUGCCUACAACUGGCCAUAUCAUACUUGGCAGGUGCCCGUCAAAUCAAACGUCUCGAGAGCACUGCGAAAAGCCCUAUCUUUGAGCAGUUCGGAUCUAGUCUCGCUGGCCUGAUCACCAUUCGUGCCUUCAGCAAACCAGACACCUACGUCGAAAUCAUGUACGGCAAGAUCAAUCGCCACGCGCAAGCAUGGUGGACCUUGUGGCUGUUCAACCGCUGGCUCUCAUUCCGCAUGAGCAUCGUCGGCGCUAUCUUCUCAACUGUCACUGCUGGGCUGGUGGUCUAUCUGCCUGGUAUCAGCGCUUCUCUUGCGGGUUUCGCUCUCAGCUUUGCGUUGCAGUAUAACAGUGCGAUCACAAUGGCACUGCGACAAUACGCCAACAUUGAAUUGAACAUGAACGCCACAGAGCGUGUCAUCGAGUAUUCCAACAUCGAGAUGGAGAACCAAGGAGGAGCCGACGCACCCGCGGCUUGGCCUACAGAGGGCCACCUCGAAGUCCACGACCUUGUCGUGGGCUACGCACCGGAUCUCCCACCGGUAUUGAACGGUCUCAACUUCUCUGUGGAGAAGAACCAGCGCGUGGGCGUCGUUGGACGCACAGGAGCAGGCAAGUCCUCUUUGACGCUUGCACUCUUCCGAUUCCUGGAGGCGCGGUCUGGCCAGAUCUUCAUCGACGGAAUCGAUAUCUCCACAAUCAAGCUGCAUGAUCUCCGCAGCCGACUUGCAAUCAUCCCGCAAGACCCAGUGCUAUUCUCAGGCACCGUGCGAUCAAAUCUAGAUCCGUUCGACGAAUACAGCGAUACAGAGCUCUACGAUGCGCUAGCACGUGUCCAUCUCAUCUCGGAGGCCGAUGACGACGAGCUCACACUCACAUCACGGACUGCCACACCCCGCCAGCCCAGUGAAACGGGCGCCACCACACCACCGCCGGCACAGAAGACCAACUCUAACGUUUUCACCUCUCUCUCUGCGACUAUCUCCGAGGGCGGCCUCAACCUCUCACAGGGUCAGCGCCAGCUCCUCUGUCUCGCCCGUGCCAUCGUUGCGCGGCCCAAGAUUAUGGUUCUGGACGAGGCGACCUCAGCUGUUGAUAUGGAGACCGACGCGUUGAUCCAGACUUCUAUCCGGGCGGAAUUCGGCCGCAAUGCUACCACCCUGUUGGUCAUUGCGCACCGACUUAGCACCAUCGCGGACUUCGAUCGCAUUCUUGUUAUGGAUGCUGGAAAGGCGGCUGAGUUUGGCACGCCUAAGGAUCUUAUGGGAAUUGAGGGUGGUGUUUUCAAGAAUCUUGUUGAGAAUAGUGGGGAGAAGGAGGUGUUGGAGAAGAUGAUUUUCGCGUGA